CUGACCCCACGCUUCCUCAGCCACAAAGAUGACCUGGCAUAACCAACUUCCUUUCUAGUUUUGGAAGCAGGUUUGUUGCCAUGGAAUCCACAGUCUGAGAAGGGGUGAGGAGUAUAAAGGUAACCAUUUGUUUGCUCUGUAGCUCUUCUUUUGGAAAAGCCUGACUGGUCGGAUUCCUUUAAGAACUCAGCGCCGAGGUGACUGAUCCCGUCACUUUACCGACCUGAAAAUCAAAACUCAGGGACACUUUGUGGAAGGGACACUGUCGGGCUCUAUCACUUCCUACAAAUGGCUAACCCUGGAGGUGACACCGUGGGCAAUGGGAUUCUCCACAACUGCAAGAAGCAGAGCAACACUUCUCACGAUGAAAAGCACAUGAAUAACGGAGUAGUGAAAGAAAUACAGCAAAAUGGAAGCCUACCUAUUUAUGCAAAGACUGUUGCUGAAUCCUUUGAGGAGCCGCCCCUUCAUGUUUUGGUUACAACAUACAUGGGAUAUGGAAUUGCAACCCUGUUUGGUCAUUUCAGAGACUUUCUGAGAAUGUCAGGACUAGAAAAAUGCAAUGCAGCUGUAGAGCGAGAAGAACAAAAACAUUUUGUGCCGCUGUACCAAGACUUUGAGAAUUUUUAUACGCGGAACCUUUACAUGCGAAUCAGAGAUAACUGGAGCAGGUCCAUCUGCAGUGCCCCUGGGCCUCUUUUCGAUGUGAUGGAGAGAGUGUCAGAUGACUAUAACUGGACAUUCAGGUUUACAGGACAAAUCAUCAAAGAUGUCAUCAACAUUGGCUCCUAUAACUUCCUUGGACUUGCAAACAAGUAUGAUGACUCUAUGAGGACAGUAAAAGAUGUUUUAGAGACAUAUGGUGUGGGCAUAGCCAGCACCAGGCAAGAAAUGGGUACCCUGGAUAAGCAUGAGGAGCUGGAGCACCUCUUGGCCAAGUUCCUGAAUGUAGAAGCAGCAAUGGUCUUCGGGAUGGGAUUUGCAACAAACUCAACAAACAUCCCUGUACUAGUUGGAAAGGGAUGCCUCAUUUUAAGUGAUGAGCUGAACCACACCUCUAUUGUCCUUGGGGCCCGACUCUCAGGUGCAACCAUAAGGACCUACAAGCACAACAAUAUGAAAUGCCUGGAGAAGCUACUGAGAGAGGGUAUCAUCUAUGGCCAGCCUCAAACCGGCAGAGCUUGGAAAAAAAUUCUCAUCCUGGUGGAAGGUGUCUACAGCAUGGAAGGUUCCAUUGUGAAUCUGCCUGAGAUCGUGGCUCUGAAGAAGAAAUACAAGGCCUACCUCUACAUGGAUGAAGCACACAGUAUUGGGUCUGUAGGUCCCACUGGCCGGGGUGUCAGAGAAUACUUUGGUCUAGACCCUGAGGAUGUUGACGUGUACAUGGGCACAUUCACCAAAAGCUUUGGCGCCUCCGGAGGUUACAUAGCUGGAAAAAAGGAAAUUGUGGAUUAUUUACGGGUUAACUCCCAUAGUGCUGCUUAUGCUGUAUCCAUGAGCCCCCCAAUAGCGGAGCAAAUCAUCAGAUCACUGAAGCUCCUCAUGGGACUGGAUGGGACCUCACAAGGGUUGCAGAGAAUACAGCAGCUUGCAAAGAACACAAAAUACUUCAGACACAAGCUAAAGAAAAUGGGAUUCAUUAUCUAUGGCAACGAUGACUCUCCUGUUGUUCCCAUGCUCCUUUACCAUCCUUGUAAAGUAGCGGCUUUUGCAAGGCACAUGUUAGAGAAAAAAAUUGGAGUGGUGGUCGUUGGAUUUCCAGCCACUACACUUGCAGAAGCUCGGGCUCGGUUCUGUUUGUCAGCAACGCAUACUCAGCAGAUGCUAGACACAGUUUUGGAAGCCAUUAAUGAAUUGGGUGAUCUCCUGGCUUUGAAAUAUUCCCGGCAAAGGAAUUCAUAACGCCUUGUACCCUAUGAUGAAACCAGCUUUGAACUUGACAAAUUAGUUUCCUGGUCCUGAAUGAAACAUGAAGACUUUGUCAAAAAGACCUCCCUCCUCACCUUGGAAGGAAUAUAAGUGGAAUUCUCCUCCUUUCUAGGGACAGCUUGUUUUCCAGGCCUGCUUAAUUGAACUGAGAGAGAUUGUUAUGUUUUUAUGCCUCUAACUUGCAACUUCAGAGACAACUUAUGGUUCUAGAUUUAGGUUUGUCCCAAGGAUCUGCUACAAAUGCAACACACACACACACACACACACACACACACACACAUUUCUUGAAUGUUUUUGAUGGCAAUGAGCCUGUGUUAGCUGCUACUGUGCAGCCUCACUGAUUCAGAGCCUUUCAGGGGUUCUAGCCAAACAUGAAGACUUUGAUCACUACAAGUAAUCACACCGUGUUUACUUAUUUGAUGGGCAGUCGUGGACGGAGUACUGGAGAGUAACUGAAUUCCCUGUCCCACCAAAAGAAGUACCAGCUACAAUUCAUCCACAUCACAGGAAGUUCCAGGCAGGAGGGUAAAAAAAUGUUGCUUCUACCAUUUGCCACAUUUGGACUUUUUCCAAGGACAAGUGUCAAAAGACACAGUUAAUGUUUCGAGGGAGAAAGUAGAACUGGCCAGUAGUGAGUAGAGAGGGAAACUUCCCUUUUUCCUCUUGCUGUGCUCCAACAGUUUUACAGCUGAGCCUUUGAGAUUUGGAAAAUCCAAGCUCUUGUUUCAUAAAGAAGGAGGCAGAGAGAAAGCACAGGCCAAUUUCAGGCUUAGACUAAAACUGUAAAAUUAUAACUUGAACAUUGUCGGUGCUAUGCAGGGGGAGUGCUUAAUACGCAUGGCUUUCGUGACUUUAAGGAAUGAGUUGCCUUUCGCCUACUGAAUUUUGAGUAAACGAUGAAGCUCAGUUUCCUUUAGAACUGACUCCCAAGGGUACAACUUGAAGAAUGUACUGAUUCAAGAAGGACAUUUAUAAACAAUUCUCUCUGUUUCUUUCAAGGCUGCAGGGUCUAUUCAGGUGCAUUAAACAAUACUGUCAUCUUGGCAUAUAUUUUCAGAUUUGUGCAAAACAGGCUUGCAUACUUUUGGGAAGCUUACUUUAAUUCAUCUGCUUUCUCUGUCUCUGUUUCUCUUUCAUACACACACACAC